CUUAAGCGAAACAGAAAAAUAUAAAUGUCAAACUGAACGAAAUUUCACACACGUCAUAUUGAACACAUUUUAUACUGGACUGGUUCGAAAAUAAUAAUAAUCUCAAAACUGCAUACUGAAUGAAGUGGGCAUCUAAUAUCCUGACAAACGUUCAGAAUCUGAUAGAAAAAUUUUGUCCUAAAUAGCUACAUCUUUUACCACUAUGAUGUUUACGACAAAUGUGUUCAGAGAUUCACUGAUCUAAGCUAUUUUUGACUGAUAAUGACGAAACAGUUGUGAAACUCGAUGAUUAAAUUGAAUCUUUUCACAAAAUACCUGAUUAUUAAUGAAAUAAAUAUUAAAUUUCUUAAAAAACAAAAACGAGAAAUCCCCAUAUGUUAACUUGCCAAUUGUAUGGAUUUAUAAGUGGUACUUUUGGAUUUUUAUCUUUAACGACCAUUGCUGCUAUUUCAUUCGAUCGAUAUUUGGUUAUAGUUAAAGAUUAUAAAACUAAAAAUUUUUUAGUCAUCUGUACUGCUAUAGCACUUUUAUGGAUAUGGUCUGCAUUAUGGACUAUUCCUCCAUUUUUCGGUUAUGGACGUUAUGUACUUGAAGGAUAUCAAACCUCAUGUACAUUCGAUUAUAUCUCAAAUGAUACGCCUAAUUUGUUGUUCAGUUUUGGGAUGUAUAUAUUCGGAUUUAUGUUACCAGUAAUGAUAUGCAUAUACUGCUACGUGAAUCUGCUUAAAAUUGUUCGCAACAAUGAACGGUUAAUAUUAGUAUCUUUGUCUAAUGGUGGAGGAUCGAAACAACGCAAACGUGUACGAAACAGAAAACGUUUGGAUGUCGAAGCUACCAGAUCAGUUAUCCUUUCUCUUUUAUUUUACUUGAUGUCAUGGACACCAUACGCUAUGGUAUGUCUUAUAUCAAUUCUGGGUCGUUCAUAUUUCUUAACACCGACAAUAGCUGAAAUGCCUUAUUUAUUUGCUAAAAUGUCAGCUCUUUAUAAUCCGAUUCUAUAUGCAUUCACAAAUCAAAAAUUCAAGAAUGCUUUAGGAAUACGAAAAACUAGCAGUAUGGUUAUGCAAAAACAAAGAUUACUAUCAAAAGGAGUAAUUAUGCCACCGAGCAGUUAGAUCAAAUAUGAAAUUGACUGAGAAUUACAGACGUUCACAAUUUUAGAAGAAUAUCUAUCAGUUGAUAGUAUGAGCAAUCCAAAUUAAAAAAAUGAAACUUUUUUAAAAAUAGAAUGAUUAUUGGUAAUU